AUGUAUAAAACAGGAUUAAUUAGAUUAUUAUUUAAUUUUGAAGCAAAGAAUAGACAUGAUUUAUAUUUACAUUAUUAUAAUGUUGGUAGAUUAAUAUCGAUUGCACCAAAGGUUAAAGAUCAUUUAUAUAUAGAAUUAGUGAAUUAUAAUAACAUUAAUUUCGAUCGUUCAUUAAAUUCACCAACACAACAAAUUAGUAAACAAACAACAACAGGAUCCUCAGAGAUUAAUGAAAAGGUUGAAAAGAUUUAUAAUGAUCUCUUUUUUAGUUGGUCAGAGAUUGAUAAAAAAAUGAAAAUUGAAAAGAAACAACAAAUUGAAUUGGAUGAUUCAGAAUCACCAAGUUUAAUAGUUUCAGCAAAUAUAGAACCAUUAAAAAGAUUAGAAAAUAUUUUCUUUAAUUAUUAUCAAAUACUUUAUAAUGAAAAUCCAAGAUUAAAUGUUUCAAUUAUUCCAUUAGAUUUAAUUAAUCAAAAAGAUAAAGAAAUAUAUAAUAAUAAUAAUAAUAAUAAUUAUACUCAAAAUAAUAAUGAAAUUGAUAUUUUAUUUUUAGAUAGUUCAAUGAAUCUAUUUGAACAAGAGAAUGAACUUAAAUUAAUUAAUGAGAAAUUUAUAAAUAGUAAUAAUUCAAUAAAGUCAAUUGAUUCUACGUCGAUAAAUAUUGAUUUCAGUUAUCCAAAACAUUUUUAUGAACCAUCUCAAAUUGGAAAGAAUUUAACGAAAUGGACACCACCAUUUGGAGGUGUUGUUUUAGGUGGUACAUUUGAUAGAAUGCAUCCAGGUCAUAAAGUAAUGUUAACGAUGGCAGCAUUGGUUUGUUCUGAUUAUAUGGAAGUUGGUAUUACUGAUAAUUCAAUUUUAACUUCAAAAAAGUAUAGUGAAUUAAUUACACCAUUUGAAUUUAGAUCUGAAAAAACUUUAAAUUUCUUAAAAUCAAUUAAUCCAUCUGUUGAAUAUAAUAUGUUAAAAUUAGUUGAACCAUAUGCAAAUACAAUGACAAGUAAAAAAUUAGAAUGUAUUGUAAUAUCACCAGAAGUUUAUAAAACAGCAAUUAAAAUUAAUACUGUAAGAAGAGAAACAAAAUUAAAACCAUUAGAAAUUUAUUCAAUCUCUUAUUUCGAUACACCCCAUCAAGGUGAUGAUGUUAAAUUAAGUUCAAGUUAUUUAAGAGAAUUAGAUUUUAAAGAAAUGAUGAAGAAUAAACAACAGCAACAGCAACAACAACAAUAA